AUGAAUGAAGAAUCUGAUAGUGAAGUUAAAAGGGAUCCCCUCACAGCAAGACCAAGUGGCUCGGGGAAAAGGUUACCAUUGGAUAUAGAAGGAAACAAUAUCUGCCAGGACAUAGAAACUACCGCUAUAGAUGAUACACAUGAAGACGUGUCGCAAGAUGCAGAUAUUGAAAUAUCGCAAAAAAAUAUUGAACAAAAAGAAACACUACAACAAGAGAUACAGAGACAAUCGCUAGAUACAACAGAUACAAAUAGGAAUAAUGCAGAUAAUGGUAUCGAUACUCACCAAAAUGUAGUAACAACACGAAACACGAUGGAUAGAGAGUCAAUCAUAUAUGACAAUAGGAACCUAAGCCCGAGGAGGUCAAGAGGAUCAUCAAUAUCAGUAUCUAACACACCGACCAGCACCGGAGACUCUAUACAAUCACUGCCCUCAUCAUACGAAGGGGAACCUAUAAAUGAUGAUUCGUUAUUCUCAGAACAGUCGCCGAAGGUACAAAGACUUAUUAUAACACAACAAACAUUAAGGAACUCACCUAUCAUACUACCACCAUCUAUACGGGAUAGCGUUGUUAGUGACAGGUUCCUAGCAGCGGUGGAACGGUCAAGUGACCCUUUAGGACGAGUGGCGUCCAUAUAUCACACAGGCAGAGAACGGGCAGACUCACACAGAGCCAGUGUGCCAAUAACAUUCGAUGGUGAUGCGAAUGCUGCUACACAUGGCUAUAAUAUCAGCACUAGAGCGAUGGCAGCCGCAAGGUCAAUAGUGUCAACAGGUAGCUCAGCAACUGGAGCAACUUCAAGGACUAUAUCAACAAUGUCACCAGUUGGCUCCGUGGUUACAGGGACGUCACAAUAUUCAGAAAACGAAUCACAAAGUCAAAUCGAUCCCUUGGAUAUCACACUACAUUUCACAACAACGGACGGUAAUAAUGGAGGAAUAACGUCAAGAAGUGAGCCGCAAACCAAUAACGAUCUCGAAAUGAGAUAUAGACAGAUAAAUGAUGGAUCAUCCACUGCAGAUGAUAUAGACACAAGGAUCACAAACAACUACCUAGAAAGAACACAGUCAAGUGCAUCGAAUCAGUACUCAAUAGGUGAUGCGUCGACACGACACUCAACCGAUGAACCUUCACGCAGCUCGAUGGACGAGUGGUCCUCCAGACAGUCUAACCCACAGUACGCGUCAAGUAGUGAAUAUAGAACACCAGAAUCAAACGUCAUGAUGAGAGAAAAUAACUCGGCACAAGCUACAACACCCACUGCACAAAAUCAACACAGCACCCACAUGAGUCAACAAAGUACCAUACAAAGACCCACACAACAUGGCACUGAAAAUGAUAACGCCAGACAACAAACAGGAAAUAUACAACAAUACAAUACGCGGGAUGGAGACACACAACAUGAUAGAUUUUCAUACGAUAGCAAAGACUCACAACGUGAGCAUAGGAUACAAAGUUAUUGCCAGGAUUUUGAACAAAUAAUGUCUGAAAGGCUAAGAGGGACCAUAAGUGACGAUAAUCAACUUAUAGAUGAAGACGAUGACGAAGAAGGUAAUAUAUUCCUGAUUCCAGAUAAUUUCAACCCUUAUGCACCGCCAACACAACGCAAUAGCAACAUGGCCACUACCACGCUAAUCGAGGCAUCCCAAGUUUACAAUAUACAGGAUAAUUUUGAUGAAGAGGAUUACGAUAAUCAUGAUACACUCAAUUUCACAUUCUCCCAUGGCGAUGCGGAAUGCUUACUACAGCAACAUGACAUCCAAAGUGAACAAACAUCGGAAAUAAGGACACCUAGCAGACCGAUAGUUAUCGAAGAUGACAAUACUUCCAUUUUAUCAGAACAGAAUCGAAAAAGUGAUGAAAUGACAUUCUCGGAUAGAGUACAACAACUAGUAGAGAGCGAAAGGACCAGCAGAGGGAGGGAUGAAACGAAGGUCAGAAGUAUAGAUUUAGCUGAUAGGUUUAAGGAACUUGAUCGACAAUUAAUAUCGCCAAAGAGCUUACAAAAAAAUGACGAUAUAAACAGCUCUGUAAGAAGGAGCGUAACUCCAAUGAAUGUGGAUGAUGGCAUUCAAGAAGAUACGGUACUAACUACGCUUAUUGAAGCUAGAAUACAAAAUAACGCCACAUUAACUGGAUUACAUACACCUACAAUGGGUAACACGCUCUUGCAGCAUAACGAGGUCAACAAACACCCGCCACCAAAUCCACUGUCACCCACUAUAACAACUGACCAUAACAAAACUGAUCAAAUAUCUCAUACAAGCGAUUUGGCGUCAUCAAAAACCAUAAAAUCUACAGGAUCAGCAAAUGUUAUUGGUACUGCCAUGAGUUCAUCUACGCCGUCGGAUGGUAUGAAAAAUACGCACUUCACAGCGGACAGCGAACCCCUAUAUAUGAAGACCUUCUAUGCAAACCUAUUCAGAGAAAAGACACAAAGGAGAGAUGAAACCAAUACACCGUUUGAUAAAAAUAUACCCGUUGCAACCAACUCGAAAAGACCAAAAGUAUCGGGAAAAGAUACACUUUUAAUCGAUGAUUUGGAAUCUGUUGCCCCGAAAAUGAGAGCUAUCACGCCAUCGGCAGAAAGGAUCGUAGCUGAUGCGUUCAAAAGUGUCAAAAUCGUAAUAGGAGCUAAACUGUGCGAAAAUGGGUAUCAUAGACAACCAGGAGAUGCUACGCCACUAAACAGUAGAACGAACCCAUAUCGAAAGGUACAAGACGAUACUAAAGCUUUGCUAAAGGAGUUCAUUGGUAAACUCAAAGCUGUAAAUGCUAUCAAAGUGCAACUAUAUAACUGCUUGGAUAACGCUACCAAGAACUCGACACUCAAGGAUGGAUCUAAAGCGACAUAUGCAGCACUAGUCAAAGAAUGCCUACAGUUGAACAAGUCGAUACAACACAGAGAGAUGUUCAUGGGACUACAACGAAAAAUGAUGAACAUGAAAAUUGAACGGCUAAAACGUCUAAAGGAAAAAAUUACAUUACUAGAACUACGCAAUAGGACGGCGCAGACAGAUGGUACAAUCUCAGAACAACCAGAACGUAACAUCUCCACAAUCAGCAAUGUCUAUACCGCAACAGGUAUAAGGAUAGUACCUGUAGAUGUCGGUAUACCACAUGUUAGAUGGUGCUUCGUAGUAGCUUUUAACGCCGAUCCAAAUACAAAGAGAUUUGUAAGGAGGUACACCAAGUCGUGGAAAACAGAUGUAGUCAAAAUGGUUGACAGCUGCAUAGACACCAUCCUACAGAAGGCUGUGGUAUACCACCGUCUGAAGAUAGACCAACGAUAUAAUCCGGAGGUAGAUAUGCUGGUGUACCUCAGAGUUAUGGGCGACAGUGCCGCGCAAGGCGAUUUCUACGCAUCGUGCAAAAGAUCGGUACUCACAUUCGAUGAAGAUUCGUCGCCGGAGGUACAGGAAGCUACAAGGACGCCAUCAGGGCGUGCACAUGUUCCGGCAUUCAGGAGCAGUGAAAUACCGUCGAGCAGCCCGGAGACUGUAUCUACGCCGACGAUAAGCAAGAGAAUAGACUGCCGUACAUGGAGUAACGUAUCAGGAAUACGUUCCACAACCAGCCUAGCGAACGGCGUUGAAAGUAUCAAUCCGCCUUAUGGCAGCCCGGGGCCCACGGAACCGCCACGAAUAGCAGCAAAAGAUGUCACAUGGGAUGAUGAAGUAGAUAUCGAUGAACUCAUCACAGGGUUGAGGAUCGUAUUCACAGCUCCCAGGCUGAAAGCUGGUGGCGAUAAAGGAAAGGUGUGGGAACAGGCAUUAAUGCAGCUACUCAAUGCGGCCAAUAAGCGCAUAGAUCGACUAAAAUCGAGGCUCACGUUGGAUAAAACCGCGGAUCAGAGACCUAUCACGCUACUAGCACUGAUCAGGGAGAUUAUGGACUACGGCUCUGCACUCAGUUCACGAAUCAGGGUCGUACAGCGCGAACUGCUGCAGCUACUGAAUAGUACAUCCGUACCGGUUAUCAAGGCAUCGGGGAACCUCAUGACCAUAGAGAUGGUGCUGACGCCGCAGGAACCCGCGAAACCCUCACUAAGGUGCUCCCUGGACAUCGACCCUUAUGACCUGCUUCAAAAAGGGUCAUAUGCACGCGCAGCGACCAAUUUCAAGGUACAGCCACUGCAGCCAGGAAACGACGCACUCCAAAAAAAAGUAAAAGAGGCGAUCAUAGAAACGCCAAAAGAUAAAACGAUAUACCAUGUUAUAUCCAGUGCUUGCGCACGGAUCGGUCAUAAUCUAUACAACUAA